UAGUUCCAUGACAGUAUUUUCAAAUAUUUCCAUUUUUUCUGGGUUCUUGACUUCUUUAUUUUCAACCAAGAGGAUCCACAAUCUAUGCACCAUACACCACAACGUCGAAGAAGCCCUUCGCCUCCUCGACUUCCUCUGCCUACAUGGCUACCUCCCGGCUUCCCUUAAUCUCAGUAGCAUUAUUCACGCCUUUUGCAACCCCAACCAAUUCCUAGAAGCUCACCAUCGUUUUCUUCUGUCCUUAGCUUUUGGUUUAGCCCUCGAUGAGCGCACCUGUAAUGGGUCAUUGUCCUAAUGCUGUUACGUAUACUACUUUGAUAAAUGGGUACUGUAAAAUUGGUGACUUGGGCACUGCGCACAAGCUGCUUGAUGAAAUGCAUGAGUGUGGUGUGGUGCCCAAUUCGCUCGCUUAUAGUGUGUUGAUUCGUUGGGUGUUUAGAAGGCGAGAUGUUGAAUAUGGGAGGGAGUUGAUGCGCAAGCUUUGGGAGAGAAUGAAGGACGAAAAUGAUCCCAGUUUGAACACUGUGGUCUUUGCCAAUCUCAUUGAUUCUUUGUGUAGAGAGGGGUUCUUCAAUGAAGGUUUUAGGAUUGCAGAGGAAACACCUCAAGGAAUGAGUGUGAAUGAGGAAUUUGCUUAUGGGCAUAUGAUUGAUAUGCUCUUUGUAGAGCUGGAAGGAACCAUGAGCAACAUACAAAAGACGACCAUGGCCUAUCCAUACUACUCUCCUCCUCCGCCCCCAUCACCACCUCUCCCUUGCAACCCUGUGCUGCCACCACCACCUUCUCCUCCUCCACCAAAACAACAUCGUCAUCAUCACCACCACCACCCGCCACCACCAGGAGCGCCUGCAAAGGCCCCCUCUUCCUAUGGAUCACUUCCACCAGCACCUGCUACGUAUACCCUGCCACCGAAGUCAUCACCUCCAAAGUCCGCACCACCUCCUAAGCAUCACUUGCUGCCGCCACCAACACCAUAUCAUUACCCUCCAUCCCCAGAACCAACACCUUCUAGUCCAGGACCAAGUGAGGCGCCGCCUUCUAAACACUCUUAUCCUCCAACUCCAGCUAAGAGUCCAACACCAACACCAAAAUCUCCACCGGAUUAUCAACUUCCACCACCCAAACCGACACCCAGUGGCUACGUCCCAGUACCUGCACCACCUCUUUAUGGAGCACCCUCACCCCUACCUUUGAGCUCCGUCCCACCAUCAUCCGAAAUAGCAUCAUCACCACCAGGAACCAACCACACUACCGUCAUCGCCGUGUGCGUUUCCCUCGGGGGCGCCUUUUUCCUCGCGUUCCUAUUAGUCGGCCUCAUUUGUAUGGCAAAAAAGAAAAAGAAACCGGUAAUGGUUCCUGCUGCAGCUGCUUGCAUCGAAGAACAUGAAGUAAUCCAGGAGACGAUCACGACAGGUCCGUGUGGAGAACAAACUGUGACGGUAACGGUUGAGGAUGAUGUGGUUAUUCAUGAAGAAAUGGGUGCCGUUCCUGUUAGUCAACUUAGUCUGCAUGGUGGGGGUGCCGCUGAGCAGCCUUGCGAACCAGGGCUCCCUAGUACUGGUCCUUAUCACAGACAUCACCCACACUACUAGCCUGUGUAAUGGCUGCAUGCAUUGAGUUAAUUAACUAGCUUAGCUAGCUAAUUAAUUAAUUCCUUGCAUUUCAUUUGUUUGUGGAGUCCCAUCUUAAUAAGUUUGAUCUAAUAUU